AGUACUCGAUUUGGGGGACAUCUAUACCCCAGAGUUGAAUGGUUCUCACGGGGGAUAAGAGGGCUCAAUCGAGUCAAUACGUAGUGGUGCUAAAAACAUCGGGGGAGCGUAGUAAACUGGUUAACUUAGGACAAGUACUGUCGUGUGGCUCUCCUCUCUGCCCACAACAUCCUCCGCGAUUGCUGAUACACGAUGUCCGAUCGAUUGAAGUUUUUCAAAAGCAAAAGGGGACACUCUCCUGCGCCUCCCGGUGGCCCAUCGCGACCCUCGGCCUCUGUUCCCAGCCCCCAGGAUACUGCUUUCCCUGCUGAAAACGAUACAACAACCCGCAGAGAUCAUGGCGGAUCUGAUGGUUUCCAUCUUAAGCCUCCUACUGCUGCUGUGUCAGCUGGUGGUAGUUCUCGAGAUCCGAAGCAGCGGAGGCCCUUCCCGCACGUUAUAUCUAAGCUAUUCAGCAGAAAGCCCAAUCCCGAUCCCACUCAUAUCGACCAAUCGACGUCCUUCGACCCCAGACAAUCUGACCCCUCUGUACCCGAUCCACCAUCCCCUAAUCUAUCACCAUCUACCGUUCUCCCUGAGGGGAUCAUCUAUAUCCCUGACACGAUACCCAGCGAGCGCAUCAUCAAUGGCAACAAUGAGAGCUCUCACCCACAAUCAGGCGUGAACUUAGAUACCCCAUUGUUAACAAAUUUAACACAGUCAUCUUCAGCCGUUCCCGCCAGGGACAGGAAGAAAACCAUCAUCGCCACCACAAGGCACGUCCUCCAAACCGCCGCCUCUGCUCUUAAGUUAGCCCCCAUUCCAAAUCUUGACCAAAUACCAACCAUACUCCUGUCAUGGCUCCAAGUUUACGAGGUUCGCAAGGGCGUCGUGAUUUCGCGAUCUAAUGAGAUAACCUCACGUUUUCAUGCAGGCCAUCGACAACAAUGACGAAAAUCUCAAGGGACUAGACGAUGAAGUUCGAAACGCUCACGAAACGAUCUUUAGGCCCCUCCAGUUGUGGACUGGCCAAGUUCCUCCCGAAAUAGGUGAUCUGAUUCAACGAUUUAACUUGUAUGUACAUUCACUCCAUCGUUCUCUCGCCCAAAUCUCAACUCC